AUGGCACCUACAAACUACAAGUCUAGUGAAUAUGUCGAUGAUUCGGAUCUAGAAGGAGACGAAGAACAGGUUUUUGAGCCCCCAAAACAUUAUCACAAACUUUCUCAUCCAUCAAAGAGCUUCCCAAAAGCUAAGGAUAAGGAAAUAUGGUUGAUCAAAACUCCCAAGGACUUUCCGCUUGAAAAGUUGAAAACUUUACCCAUUGCAUUCACUAAAAACAGGGUGGCUGAAUCAUUUGACGUGGGCGGGUCGUCUUACCAAGUAGAGGAGGAACUAAGCUCUGCUUCAUCUUCAUCAUCAAUUCUCCCCACCACCGAUAUAAAUAACAAGCAUACAGUCUUCAAAGCAAAGCACAGUUCUUACAAGCCAACUGACUUGAAAAUCACCCGGUUUUACAACAUUAAGGAAGUUGUCAAUAUUCCGCAAAUUGACUUUGACAAGGCCAGGAUACCUAGAGAAGAUGUUCCCCAAUUGAAAAGAUUGAGAAUGAGGCAUUAUCCUACAGGAUAUGGUGAGAAGGAUUUUGACAUCUCAUAUGAUGAUGGCUCAGACUUGGAAGAAGGGAAGCCAAGCAAAAGGGCCAGAGUUAAUAAUGAGGAUGAGUCCACGCAGCAGCACAGUCCAGCCAAACAUCUCAAGGAGAAAAAGGAAAAGAAGGACAAGAAGGACAAAAAUGACAAAAAGGACAAGAAGGACAAGAAGGCAAAGAAAGAGAAGAAGCUGAAGGAAGGUAUCUGA